AUGUCUCGUAAACUCGAUUGGUGGAUGGUUAUGCUGAUCAUUGCUCUGUCUAAUACCAAGAACUCCCAUUGCAAGCUGGUGUGGGAGGGCUCCAUUGGGCUACUCAAUGGUUUCACGUCGUUAACAAACACCAAGAAGCACGCCUUUGGUCAAGCCUUCGACGACGAGAUACUUACUUUCAAGAAUAACUUCACAAAUGGUACCGUGCCUUCUUUCUCUGUCAGCUUCUUUUUUGCUAUUGUCCCUGAGCAUAAGCACAAAGGCUCUCAUGGUAUGGCCUUUGUGAUCUCUCCCACUAGAGGGAUUCCUGGUGCAUCUGCUGAUCAGUACCUUGGAAUCUUUAACAAAUCAAACAACGGUAACAUCUCAAACCAUAUCAUCGCUGUGGAGCUUGAUAUACAUAAAGAUGAAGAGUUUGGUGACGUUGAUGAUAACCACGUUGGUAUCAACAUUAAUGGAAUGAGAUCUAUUGACUCGCAUCCUGCUGGUUAUUAUGAUCAAGAUGGUCAGUUCAGAAACCUUUCUUUGAUCAGUGGAAAGCUACUCAGAGUCACGAUUCUGUAUAGCCAAGACAAGAAGCAGCUUAAUGUCACCUUAUCAUCACCGGAAGAGGCUUAUCACCCCGACAGGCCGCUUCUUUCACUGAACCAAGAUCUGUCCCUAUUUGUUUUGGAGAAAAUGUAUGUCGGCUUCUCAGCCUCAACGGGAAUGGUUGGAGCAAUGCAUUACUUGUGGAGUCGGUUUUUCACAUACGAUCUUAAUGUUCAUGAACUAGACUUCCCUAUACCGACGUUUCCUCCAUAUCCAAAUCCAAAGUCUCAGGUGAAGCGGACUGUUAUGGUGACCUUCUUGACAAUUCUUCUCUUUAUUGCGCUUGUUGCCUCAGCUUUAAGUAUCUUCUUCUAUAAGAAACACAAAAUGGUAAAGGAGGUUUUAGAAGAAUGGGAGAUUCAGUGUGGUCCCCAUAGGUUUUCUUACAAGGAACUCUUUAAAGCCACCAAGGGUUUCAGUGACAAACAACUCCUAGGUAAAGGAGGGUUUGGUCAGGUCUUCAAGGGCACACUUCCAGGUUCUGACACAGAGAUUGCUGUUAAACGAAUCUCGCAUGAUUCAAGACAAGGAAUGCAGGAGUUCUUGGCAGAGAUAUCGACUAUUGGUCGGCUUAGACAUCAGAACCUAGUCAGGCUUCAGGGCUAUUGUAGGUACAAAGAGCAGCUCUACUUGGUUUAUGACUUUAUGCCCAAUGGAAGUCUUGACAAGUACCUCUACCGCAGAGGGAAUCAAGAGCCACUCACUUGGAACCAACGUUUCAAGAUCAUCAAAGAUGUUGCCUAUGCACUCUGCUAUCUUCAUCAUGAGUGGGGACAAGUUGUGAUUCAUAGAGACAUCAAGCCGGCUAAUGUCCUGAUUGACCAUCAUAUGGAUGCAAGGCUUGGGGAUUUCGGGUUGGCUAAGUUGUAUGAUCAGGGUUUUGUUCCACAAACAUCUAGAGUAAUUGGAACUAUUGGGUAUAUAGCACCUGAGCUCAUAAGAAGCGGAAGAGCAACCACAGGGACAGAUGUAUAUGCCUUUGGGUUGUUUAUGCUGGAAGUUUCUUGCGGUAGAAGGUUGAUAGAGCCACGAGCACCCUCCAACGAGGCCGUCCUUGCUGAAUGGACGUUAGAGUGCUGGGAAAGUGGAGAUAUUCUCGAGGCAGCUAGUGAAAGACUCCAUGCAGAACAAGAUAGAGAACAGGUGGAGCUUGUUAUGAAACUGGGAGUGUUAUGUUCACACGAGGUUGCAACAAUUAGGCCGGACAUGUCUAAGGUGAUCAAGAUCUUGAACUGUGAUGUGCAGCUUCCAGAUAAUCUACUGGAUAUUGUCAAAGCCGAGAAGAUCAGAGUGUGGUCUGAAAUACCUGAGAGAGCAUUUGAUGGUUUGAAUACACAAAUGUCCAUCGGUACCUUGACGCUUACGGAACCCUUUACCUCUCAUGGACGCUGA